UGAUCAUAACACGUUUCAUCUCCACGUCGUGUAUGUGCCGCACAAGGCUUUAAAACUCGUGCUUAUAUUUUAAGCAGACAAAGCUCAUUCAUGUCCCGCAUCGCUUUGGAGAGCAUCUCUGGUCUCACAUUCUACAAAAACGCUCUUACAACUGCACGGCGUACCAGUCCUAUUGCUCAGCUGGUAUGCCUCGGCAAAGCGUGCGGGUUGUACCAGCCUGAUGUUGUGCGCUGCAAUAACAUUGGAGGGUCUGGCACGGAUGUUGAUUGGAAGUGUGAGGCAGACCUACCGUCCUCUUUACGUUUCGGUCGAGUCGAGGUUUCUUGCGAGGGAUGGAAUGGCCCUGGCGAUCCAUACGUCAUGAAAGGAUCCUGUUCUCUUGAAUACAAUCUCAUUCAACUCCCCGGUGCCCUCCAUGCCGACUCGAACUCAAACUGGUCCCGUUUUUACACCCGACCAUGGUUCAACAACAUCGAUUACUCCGGUAUCUUCUUCAUGCUCGUAUGGAUCGUAGUGCUAGGCAUUAUAAUCUACAGCUUUAUCCAAACUUGCUUGCGUCGCGACACAUCAGACGCCAAUCACAGCAGCCCUCCCUCGUAUCCUGGCAGGUCAGGGCCAGGAGGAUUCCCAGGUUCUUAUUACACUAGUCCACCCCCGCCAUACACCAAAGAUGCUGGUACAGGCAACAGCUCGCAGUGGCAGCCAGGGUUCUGGACUGGCGCUGCACUGGGGGCGCUGGGAAAUCAUCUUUUGAAUCGUCCGUCGGGGUCACAGGAGUACGACUGGGAGCGAGAGAGGCGAUUGCCGAAUAGUAUCUCGAGGAGCAGACCUGUGCCUGGGUAUGAUGACCAGGGUAGAGGAGAGUCAUCUAGUUUGGGUGCGAUGAGGACUAGUACGGGGUACGGUGGUUCGAGUAGUAGGUGAUAAAAGACCACGUUCACAAUGUACAGAUUAAUUGUACAAACAAUGAUCUAUAUAGUCAAUCGAUAUAGUCAAAGUUCGAGGCAGCCUGUGUAUCCCGAGGAUGGCUGGGCUGGGUAGUGCAACAAAGCAUUGCGUAAGUGAGCCCAG